GGGCUGCGCGCGCUCUCGAGGCCUCGCUGUCCGGCGGCGCCAACUGAAGCGCCGCGCCCGCUGCCGACAUGCUGCGCCGCGCUCUGCUCUGCCUGGCUCUGGCCGCGCUGGUCCGCGCGGGCGCCGCCGCCCCCGAGGAGGAGGACCACGUCCUGGUGCUCCACAAGGGCAACUUCGAGGAGGCGCUGGCGGCCCACAAGUACCUGCUGGUGGAGUUCUAUGCCCCUUGGUGUGGCCACUGCAAGGCUCUGGCCCCCGAGUAUGCCAAAGCAGCUGGGAAGCUGAAGGCAGAAGGUUCUGAGAUCAGAUUAGCGAAGGUAGACGCCACUGAAGAGUCUGAUCUGGCCCAGCAGUAUGGUGUCCGUGGCUACCCUACGAUCAAGUUCUUCAAGAACGGAGACACGGCUUCCCCCAAAGAGUACACAGCUGGCAGAGAAGCUGAGGACAUCGUGAACUGGCUGAAGAAGCGCACAGGCCCUGCCGCCACCACGUUGCCUGACGGGGCCGCCGCAGAGGCCUUGGUGGAGUCCAGUGAGGUGACGGUCAUUGGCUUCUUCAAGGACGUGGAGUCAGACUUUGCCAAGCAAUUCUUGCUGGCCGCUGAGGCCAUCGAUGACAUACCCUUUGGGAUCACGUCCAGUAGUGAUGUGUUCUCCAAGUACCAGCUGGACAAGGACGGGGUCGUCCUCUUUAAGAAGUUUGAUGAGGGCCGGAACAACUUUGAGGGGGAGAUCACCAAGGAGAAGCUGCUGGACUUCGUCAAGCACAACCAGCUGCCACUGGUCAUCGAGUUCACGGAGCAGACAGCCCCCAAGAUUUUCGGAGGUGAAAUCAAGACACACAUCCUGCUGUUCCUGCCGAAGAGCGUGUCUGACUAUGACGGGAAACUGAGCAACUUCAAGAAAGCCGCCGAGAGCUUUAAGGGCAAGAUCCUGUUUAUCUUCAUCGACAGCGACCACACCGACAACCAGCGCAUCCUCGAGUUUUUCGGCCUGAAGAAGGAGGAGUGCCCUGCCGUGCGCCUCAUCACCCUGGAGGAGGAGAUGACCAAGUACAAGCCGGAGUCGGACGAGCUGACAGCAGAGAAGAUCACAGAGUUCUGCCACCGCUUCCUAGAGGGCAAGAUCAAGCCCCACCUGAUGAGCCAGGAGCUACCUGAGGACUGGGACAAACAGCCUGUCAAAGUGCUGGUCGGGAAGAACUUUGAAGAGGUUGCUUUUGAUGAGAAAAAGAAUGUCUUUGUGGAAUUCUACGCCCCGUGGUGCGGUCACUGCAAACAGUUAGCUCCCAUUUGGGAUAAGCUGGGAGAGACGUACAAGGACCAUGAAAAUAUCGUCAUCGCCAAGAUGGACUCGACGGCCAACGAGGUGGAGGCGGUCAAAGUGCACAGCUUCCCCACACUCAAGUUCUUCCCUGCCAGCGCGGACAGGACGGUCAUCGAUUACAACGGGGAGCGGACGCUAGACGGCUUUAAGAAGUUCCUGGAGAGCGGUGGCCAGGACGGGGCAGGGGAUGACGACGAUCUAGAAGAUCUAGAAGAAGCCGAAGAGCCCGACCUCGAGGAAGAUGAUGAUCAAAAAGCUGUGAAAGAUGAACUGUAAUGCAGGAUACCAGACCUGGGCACCCCAAACACGACACCUCUCCGUGGGCUGCACCCCAGCAGCACAGCCUCCGGAAGCCCACAGACCCUCACCAGGAGGAGGGAGCAUUGAUCGGAAAUGCAGGGAAUUUUUCUGAAGCAACACUUCAUUCUAACACGUGUAAAUUUAAACCCGUCUCGUCUUUUUGCUUUUCAACUUUUGCAAAGGGAUUUAUCUCCAGGCCAGCCCAUCUUGGUGGGCCCUUUUUUUUUAAAAUUGUGAUGUACUUUUUCGUACACAGUUUUGUCCAGAGUACUUGCUGAAGUGUUUUGGAAUCUCAUGCUGGCAAUGUCUCCUUCCCGUAUCACUUUAAAAAAAAUUCCAUCUGUGGGAUUUUUAGACAUUUUUGGACGUCAGGGUGUCUGUUCCACCUUGGCUGGGCCUCCCAGGAGACUCGUGUCCCCUGCUGGGGAGGGACCAAGCCAGGCUGGAUGGGUCACUCUCAGCUCGCGCCAGUGUUGCCUUGACUGAGCGUGGCUCUUGCAUAGUUCGGUUAAACGGAGACUUGAGGUCUCUGUUCUGGGGGGCACCCCACCACGACUGGAGGUGGGUGGUGGGUGCCGGCUGAGCCCAGGACAGGCCUGGGCAGCCCCCCUCCCUCCCCAAGCCAGGCUUCUCGUUGCUCUGUGACGUCCAGGGUGGCCUGAGGCCUGCACCAGGCAAAACCAGAACCCUGUUUCCAGGCUGGAAGAGCCCAGCAUGCUUGAGCCGAAUCAGAUGUUGAUAGUUCUUCAGGCAUUUCUACCACAAUAUUGGAAUUGAACACAUUGGCCAAAUAAAGUUGAAAUUUUACUACC